CAGGCAGCCAGAAUGUAAAUACUGAGCCGCGGCUACAGAACGGCGGCUAACGUUAAGAUACGUUUGAGAAGAGAUGGGGCCUAUUAAAUAUUUUACGCUGUAUCGUUUAAUUAAAUUAACCUGUCUACUAUAAGAUUCUAGACGCACAGGAGCAGUAUUAGCUCACUUUCGUUUGAAGACCAAGCUAACAAGCUAACUAGCUUAGCUUCCGUUCACUGUACAGGUAUGAACUCUCUGGUUGGUUACGGAGUGUCCUCCGAAUCUGACAGCGAUGGAGAUGUAAACACCGGUGGAGCUGGUUCUGUUGAGGAGGUGUGUGAUGAGGCGACAGCUGUUAGAAAGACCCGCAACUUCCUGCUGGAGUCUGGUUCAGCUUCCAGUGAUUCAGAACCAGAGGAAGAAGACCCAGAGGCUUCUCCACCAUCACCACCACACCCCCUCACAUCUGCAGCCUGCCAGCCCACCUUGCCUGCUCCCUCCCUGGGUUCACUCACCCAUAAUAAACUACCUCCUCCUCCUCUAGACGCCAGCUCUGACAGCAGCGUGUUUGCCAACCCUUUCAAAGCUCAGGCGGACCAGAAGCUCAGCGCUUUGCAGAAACACGUCCCUCUAACAAUGCAGGCCAAACCCUCCCAGAUAGGAGGUAAAAGGAUGUGCGUGUCAUACAGGAAAGACGGAAGGUGCAGGUUUGGGAUCAAGUGCAAGUUCGCUCAUGACAGUGACCUCCAGACCCCGGUCACUCCCACUGACUGUCAUCCGACUGUGAGCGAUGAAGCACCGGUGUCAGAACAUGUUGAGCCUCAGGCAGGCAGCGGCUCCUGUGGUGGUGCAGGAUCUCAGAGCCUCACGGAGGAGGAGGAGUCGGCAGGGCAGCAGGUGAAGAAGAGGAGGGUUGGACUGAGUAACACCUUGAUUCCUCCUAAACGUGCUAUGAAGCAGUAUGCCAUGCACAGAGACAAAGAGCGGCUCAACAUGUCCUGAUGGAGGGUUUCUGAGCUGUAACUACGCUCUCUUAAAGCAAUAGUAUGUAGUGUGGAGUCUGUAGCACUGUCCGUUGUAGGAUCAAUUAAAUACUCAGGCCUUGCUUUGAGUUUCCCUCAUAAUUAUGCCCUUAAACUGUCAAUGAAACACACUGGAUAAAUGUUAAGAUGUUUAUUUACAUCAUAUAAAUGAACAGCUUGUGUUUUUGCGCUACCACACAUCCUAUAUCGCAGGUCAGAAAGGUGCUGAUUUAGUAUUGUCAUAUGUCUCUACAAAGCCUCACUUAGCAAAUUACAUUACACUUCAAAGGUUACGGACAGAUUUUGAGUUAAUUUGUCUAAUUCAGUGUCUGUGCUUGCUGUUAUUUUAGGCUCAUGUGGUAUUUCAAACGUCCAGGGUCACCUGUUGGCUGCCUUCAACAACCUAAGACUUUAGUGAGGAGUACAUAUAUUGUAUGGGUUAUUAUUCCUUCAGAGUAAACCAACAGCAAGCUGCAUAAAUAUAAGUGAAACAGGAUGAAUGACACUGCCAGAAUCCUUAAAAUAUGCAUAUUUUGUGACUUUUUACAGGCCUGUGCAACACCCCUUUUUCUGUCCCUACCUUUCCAAGUUUAAUCUUUCUUUGUGAGUUCAGUGUUUCUUCUGUUACAUGUUUCUUUUAAACCCUGUCAAGUGAAUGUUUUACAGUAGAUCUGGACAAUAAAUGAAAAAAUGGCUGCCUA